AAGAAAGCGAGAAGAAGAAGAAGAAGAAGAAGAAGCAAAAAUGUUCAGAAACCAAUACGACACAGAUGUGACCACAUGGAGUCCAACAGGUCGUUUAUUCCAAGUGGAAUACGCCAUGGAAGCAGUGAAGCAAGGAUCUGCAGCAAUUGGACUCAGAUCUCGUUCUCAUGUCGUUCUCGCUUGUGUUAACAAAGCUCAAUCGGAACUUUCUUCUCAUCAGAGGAAGAUCUUUAAAGUUGAUGACCAUAUUGGUGUUGCAAUCGCUGGUCUCACCGCUGAUGGUCGUGUUUUGUCUCGGUAUAUGAGAUCGGAAUCGAUUAAUCACUCGUUUACUUAUGAAUCUCCUCUUCCUGUUGGUCGUCUUGUUGUUCAUCUCGCUGAUAAGGCUCAGGUCUGUACCCAACGAUCAUGGAAACGACCCUAUGGUGUUGGUUUACUGGUAGGUGGAUUGGAUGAGUCUGGUGCCCAUCUUUACUACAACUGUCCAAGCGGAAACUACUUCGAGUACCAAGCUUUUGCUAUUGGAUCCCGUUCCCAAGCAGCAAAGACCUAUCUGGAACGCAGGUUUGAGAGCUUUGGGGAUUCUUCAAGAGAAGAUCUGAUCAAAGAUGCUAUUUUGGCUGUUAGGGAGACAUUGCAAGGAGAAACACUGAAGAGUUCUCUCUGCACAGUCGCUAUUCUAGGAGUCGAUGAACCGUUCCACUUCUUGGACCAGGAAGCGAUACAGAAAGUGAUCGACACAUUUGAGAAAGUGCCUGAGGAAGAGGAAGGCGAAGGUGAGGCUGGUGAGGGUGAGGCUGAAGCUGCCGCUGCUGCACCAGCAGAACAAGGUGGUGGUGGUGCAGGUGACGUUGCUCCAAUGGAAAUGUAAGGCUUAUGUGUGUAACGCUGGAACUAUUUUAUUUUGAUGUUAGUUGGAUUUACUUUGCAAAUGGCUGCGGGUUUAGAUUAUAUGCUUGAGAACCUCGUGAAGUUGAAAUCAUUUCGUCAUAUAAACUUUGUUGCUGCCAUUAAGACUUUCUCCUAUUUUGGAUCUUUUGGUUUAAAUCUGAAAUCUGUUCACGACUUCCUAUCUCAUUGGUUCUGCAAUUCCUUGCUAAAACAAAUUUCUAGUCCCAUU